AUGAAAAACUUAAAGGAAGAAGUAACGCAGAUUAAGUAUGAUGGUAAAUUGUCUCCCAAAAGUGACAAGGUCGAUGUAGUGGUAGAGUCUUCAGUGGAUUCGCCGACAAAUGUUGCUGGAAAGACUCAUACCCAGAGAGACGAGCCAUCAAAUGAAUGUGAGACCGUACCAUCGGAUAACUAUUAUUGGUGCUUUAAUAUUGGAGCGAACGUACACGUUUCAAGUGUCCGUGAGGAUUUUGUGACGUAUGAUGGUGCUCCUGUGAACUUUCAAGUAAGUGGGAUUUCUUCGGGGUCAUAUUCUACAGUGGUGGGCAUCGGUACAAUACUCAUAGUGAAAGCUACGUUCCACGAUGGAAUGUGGGGCCUUACUUCAUCAAGAAGACUUGGAUACGAUAGAAACGCUGGUGCAGUCAUGAAGCAAUCGGAGAGGCCCGGGUUGGCUGACUACUCAACGGCCGAUCGACAGGCAUCUAUGAAGCUCUGGCAUCAGAGAUUGGAGCACACGUGUGACCAGUACCUCAAGAUUAUGGCUGAUCAAGAGCAUGUCGAUGCGUCGCUGAUAGCGCCAGAAAAGACAGAUUGUAAGAUCUCUGCACCGAAUCAAGUCGUAUAUCUUACGACGAAACUUUUAACGCAAAAGAAGGCGGCAACGUUGAAUCCACUGAUGAAGGCUUAUGUCAGCUGGGCAGAACGGCAGGCAGGACGAUCUAUCAAGAAGAUCAUUGUGAGUCGAUGGGAACCAACGGAAGGCACACCAACCCUCCCGGUUCACAAGUUUCUGACCGACAAGGGAGGCAAAUUUGUGAAUGCGGACAUUGAUUUAUGUGGAGCGUCAGCAUUAGUCACUAGGAGUGUGGGAUGCAUGCCAUUUGAAAAGCUAUUUGGCACAAAGCCGGAUUUUCACCACAUUUGUAAAUUUGGUUCCCUCGCUAUGUGCAUGUGCCGAAGGAUCCAGAUCGGCCACGACACGCAGACAACGCAAGGCUGCGUUUUCCUUGGUUUAAAGGAAGACAACGUUGGUUAUAAGGUUUUCAGUCCGGCAGAGAACACACGAAAGUGGUCACCGGAUGUGCAGAUCGAUGAAUCAAUCCUUUAUGGUGACCGCUACCGGCGCCACGAUCCACGAGAAGCUCCAAUAUUUUCGUCGGAGGAUCCUGGUAAUGCUUCGGAUACGGAGGGUAUGGAUGAUCACCAAACGCGACUGGCGUUACAGCGUCCUUACUGA